UGUUGAACAUUUGUAUCAAAGUCUGUUACUUGUAAUAUGUGACUACUUGACCCAUGGAACUUAAUAUAUGUAUUUGAAAUAUUGUAUACUAGACAUGCAUGUGUAUUUGUAAAUAUGUACAUACUAUUCAUGUUAAAUGUAACAUUAAGGUUAAUAGAAUUUAGUUAGAGAAUAAAUGUUAUAUACUAAUAUCUGAAUUAUAAAAACUGUUAAAAUGUUACGAAGACGGAAUAUUAAUAUUAAAACUGUCAAAGAAUUGGAUGGAUUUCCUAAAGUUCCUGAACCAUAUGUAGACAAAACUGCAGUUGGAGGAACAUUCUCUAUAUUUACAAUCUGCACUAUUGCAUAUUUAAUAAUAGCUGAAACAAGUUAUUAUCUUGACAGCAGACUACAAUUUAAAUUUGAAACAGACACAGAUAUUGAUGCAAAAUUGAAAAUAAAUAUUGAUAUCACUAUUGCUAUGACAUGUAGCCGUAUUAGUGCUGAUGUCUUAGAUUCUACAUAUCAAAAUAUAAUUGGACAUGAAUCAUUAGAACAAGAAGAUACAUGGUGGGAAUUGACACAAGAGCAGAGAUCUCACUUUGAAGCUUUAAAAAAUGUGAAUUCUUAUCUAAGAGAGGAAUACCAUGCGAUUCAUGAAUUAUUAUGGAAAUCUAAUCAAAUUACUUUAUAUAGUGAAAUGCCAAAACGGACCCAUCAGCCUAGUUAUCCACCAAAUUCAUGUCGCAUUCAUGGCAGUUUAAAUGCUAACAAGGUUGCUGGAAAUUUUCAUAUAACAGCUGGAAAAUCAUUAUCAUUUCCUAUGGGGCAUAUACAUAUUUUAGCUUUCAUGACGGACGAAGACUAUAACUUUACUCAUAGGAUAAAUAAAUUUUCAUUUGGAGCACCUAGUCCAGGUAUUAUUCACCCAUUAGAAGGGGAUGAAAAAAUUGCUGACAACAAUAUGAUUUUAUAUCAGUAUUUUGUGGAAGUGGUUCCCACAGAUAUACAGACUCUACUGAGCACUUCCAAAACUUAUCAGUAUAGCGUAAAAGAUCAUCAAAGACCAAUUGAUCACCAAAAAGAAUCUCAUGGAAGUCCAGGAAUUUUUUUUAAAUAUGAUAUGAGUGCUCUUAAAAUAAAAGUUACUCAACAACGUGAUACAGUGUGUCAAUUUCUAGUGAAAUUAUGUGCCACUGUUGGAGGUAUUUUUGUUACAAGCGGUAUGAUAAAAAGUAUUGUACAAAGUUUUUGGUAUAUUUUGUGUUGCAAAUUUUUUGCAACCAAGGAAAACAAAAAUGACCAAAAGUACCCCAUUCCACCUACUACUUCAAACUAUCAAUCGUUUGACACAGCAAAUCUUCUGAAUAUUUCAGCUCCAGAAAAUGUGGAUAUUGUGUUUAAACCUCAAUAAAGGUAAUCUUUUAAUUAGAUAUUAAAAUAACUUUUAAAUAUACGAAGCUAAUAAUCAAUAAAUAUGUUUGUAACUGUUCUGUAUAUACCAAUAAAAUUAAUAGCGAUUUUAUAUUUA